GCAGCGGGUGUGGGCAUCGCUGGUCGCCAGCAGUGGCCGUGGUCUCCGGUGAACCCUGGACGGCGCUAGGAGCGACUGUGGCCGCUCGUGGCACCUCUCUGGCCUGGGGUCUGCAGGGUCCAUCCAGUCCGGAGGCCACUCCUGACCUCCGGUGACAGCCCCUGCUAACCUUAUUAAAAGAAGGACGUGCGUCCUACCAAGUUAAAGACCCAAAGUGUGGGGAAAGAGAAAAGAAGAGCGGCCCCAGAGAAGCUACGGGCUGCCACCCCGGGCAAUCUAGGGGGGACCGAGCCCUGGCCGGCCGCUGAGGUGUGCUGCUUGCGAGUCACGCCUCCUCCUCCUCCUCGGCGGGGACGGCGCCUAGGCUGUGACCGCCUCCAGUGACUGCUGCGCCUCCCUGCCCUGCUGGAGACCCGGCCUGGCUUGGGUCACACUCACUCCUGGCCACAGCUGAGACUGCGUGGUUCUCAGGGUCCUGGGUUCCCGGAGAAGCCAGGGUUGGGGCGCAGCGUCUGCGAACCCCGCGGCAGCCCUCCGGGCUCUGCGCGUCCCCGAACUCCUCGCCGCCCGCCGGGAGAUGGCCGCGUGGAUGCGGGGCAGGGACUCGUCCCGCUGCCUCCUGCUCCUGGCCGCGGUGCUGAUGGUGGAGAGCUCGCAGCUCGGCAGCUCGCGGGCCAAACUCAACUCCAUCAAGUCCUCUCUGGGCGGAGAGACCCCGGCCCAGGCCGCCAACCGAUCUGCGGGCAUAUACCAAGGACUGGCUUUCAGCGGCAGUAAGAAGGGCAAAUCCCUGGGGCAGGCCUACCCCUGCAGCAGCGAUAAGGAAUGUGAAGUGGGGAGAUACUGCCACAACCCUCACCAAGGACCAUCAGCCUGCAUGGGGUGUCGAAGGAAAAAGAAACGUUGCCAUAGAGACGGCAUGUGCUGCCCUGGAACCCGCUGCAAUAAUGGCAUCUGUAUCCCAGUCACUGAGAGCAUCCUAACCCCACACAUCCCGGCCCUGGAUGGCACUCGGCAUAGAGACCGAAACCACGGUCACUACUCAGAUCAUGACCUGGGAUGGCAGAACCUAGGAAGACCACACACCAAGAUGUCACAUAUAAAAGGGCAUGAAGGAGACCCCUGUCUGCGAUCCUCAGACUGCAUUGAAGGGUUUUGCUGUGCCCGUCACUUCUGGACAAAAAUCUGCAAACCAGUGCUCCACCAGGGGGAGGUCUGCACAAAACAGCGCAAGAAGGGCUCUCACGGGCUAGAAAUUUUCCAGCGGUGUGACUGUGCUAAGGGCCUGUCUUGCAAAGUAUGGAAAGAUGCCACCUACUCUUCCAAAGCCAGACUGCAUGUGUGUCAGAAGAUCUGACCCCCACCAGGGUAAAAGCAGCACCGCAGACUGUGAAUCUGUGUAUUUAAUGCAUUAUGGCAUGUGGAAAUCAGGGCUUGGAAUGCAGGAGAAUGUCUAAAAUGUUGAAUGCGAUAAAAAUAUAGAGCAGAGAAAGAGAGGAGAAUGAAGAACUAAAUGAAUUAGGGUGGGUGACAAUCGCAGAGCAGCCAAAGUUUUCCAUUAUGCCACUAGUUUAUGUAAAUAAUGUAAACAUUUGUGAAAAUGCUGUUAUUAAAAAGAAGCACACCAUGGAAUCACUGAUGAGCACCAUCAGUUCAGGUUUAGGCUGUGCUGGAGGAGAGAGGCCUUCAGGUUGGUGAUUGCCCAUAACAUUAACCUAAAAGCCAUAUAUCCAUGCAGCUAACAGCUUAACAAAAUACUCCCAGUGUACCCUGACCUACAAAAAGCUCUAAGACAUGAACAGAGUUGAUCAACAGGAGACAAAAACAUAGAGUAUAGUUAAUUUGCAACACAGAAUCACCUUAAAGUUGGUUACCUUUAACAGCUCAACUAAUGACCUUAGCAGUUAAGAAAAAAAAAAAAAAAACAGUCUAGGACUUCAGAAAAGUAACAAGCUGAUUUCCCCUCAAACUGUUUAUUUACACUUUUAAAAACUAAUUUCACCUAUAAUAAAUAAAGCAAUGCAAUCCUUUUUCAGGAUUCCUUGAUUCUGAAGCAAUGACAUCCCAUUUCUCUUGCUUAUAUGAGAUCCCCACCCUGAAUACACUUGUUUUUCAAACUAUACGCAUUAAUUGUGACCAGUGCAAUCAAUAUAUGCACAGAACAGGAACCUUACAGAGUAAAAAAAAUUGAAAGCUUUGUAAAAUAUGUGGGAAGCAAAGCUGAUGGAGAUGUCAUUGUUUUUUAAAGCUUUAACUUACCCUAUAUUUUGAUAGGAUUGGGCAUAAAUACUUUUUUGUUCACCCUCUACAGUAGGACAGGGUGAGGCUGAUAACCGAGAUUAGAGUGGUAUCUUUCCUGUCCCAAAGUACAGCCAAGGACAUGGAGAAACUGUCCAGGUAUCCACGGUUUGGCCACACAGGAAUCAUAUGUGUGACACACAUGCUGACUUUUCACUUUUGAAACCAGAAGCUGUACAACCUAAGGGGACUUCUCUGUGGGAUUUGCUAUCAUAAUAUUUACAUGCAGAUGAGUUCAAUGGAAGGUCACUUGGCUUUCCUAUGCUCAAAAUAUUUUUGAGAUCCUAAAAUCCUUCUCAACAUGAGGUGGUCUCAUAUAGUGGCCCCCAAGGUAGGCAGCACGGUGAGAUUCAUCGUCCUCCUCAAGCUUCUAACUGACCCCUGGUACCAUGUGAGGUGUCUUCACCAAGCUCUCCUGCUUUAGCCAUUUCAUUGCAAAGAUAUGGUUUCUGCUUCCUGUAGCUACUGAGGUUAAAAAGUCUAAUAAUUUGUAAAAUGUACAUAUCAGUAAUCCAUAGAAACCACAGCUUCUAAAUUCUUUUGAAAACAUUUUAUUAUUUUAUUUAACUCAGUUCUAAAUCUUAUGCCUAGAGCAUAUGAGAACAAAAAGUUUAUUUUAUAGUUCUAACUUUAAACUUUCAUGGAUAAAAGUCACCCCUGAAGUUUGCUAUAGCCAUUCCUCUUGCAGCCUCCAAGUCAGGUUCUCCUAAUAGAAAACGAAUCAGAGGCUGUAAUGGAGAAUUCUAGCUCCCCAUACACAUUUACUAGGAUGAUGAAGAUUUAUGUUUUUCUCAUAUGCAUGCAGAAACAAAAAUUAUAUGCGACUCAGCACAAGAGUCCAAAGUGGUGCCAGCAGGUUGUACAAGCGUGGUGACAUAAAACAGAAACAUUUCCACCAACCAUCUCUUAAACAGCCACUGCCCUUACAGUCUGGGUCUUGUAUUAUUUCCCUUAUGUUUACCCUUUCAAAAAUUAUUAUUUGAAGUAAUUUAUUUAGAGGAAAUGUUAUGAGAUGUAUUUUCUUAUAGAGAUAUUUCUUACAGAAAGCUUUGUAGCAGAAUAUAUUUGCAGCUGUUGACUUUGUAAUUUAGGGGAAAUGUAUAAUAAGAUAAAAUAUAUUAAAUGUUUCUUCUCCCACAAAUUGAA